AUGGUGCCAGAAUGCCCCUACCCAUUGCUGGGCAGAGACCUCCUGUCCAAAGUUGGGGCACAAAUUCACUUCUCAGAAAAUGGGGCCUCAGUUACUGACAAUACUGGCCAGGCUCUUCAAAUUCUAACUUUAAGAUUGGAGGACGAACACAGACUGUUUGAACUGCCUCCUCCCCCGGAGCUGCCCAUCGAUAACAAAUGGCUCCGUGAUUUCCCCCAGGCCUGGGCGGAAACCGCAGGUAUGGGGCUGGCAAGCAAUCAACCUCCUUUGAUAAUAGAGUUAAAACCAUCAGCCACUCCAGUUUCCAUAAGACAAUACCCCAUGAGCCGCGAGGCCCGAGAAGGAAUCAGGCCCCACAUUCAGAGACUUUUAACAUUGGGCAUCUUAAAGGCCUGCCAUUCCCCCUGGAACACACCUCUUCUCCCAGUAAAGAAGCCAGGCACAGGGGACUACAGACCAGUCCAAGACUUAAGGGAAGUUAAUCGCCGCACUCUAGACAUUCAUCCUACGGUGCCCAAUCCUUAUAAUCUCUUAAGUACCCUGCCUCCGACCCAUGUAUGGUACUCAGUACUUGAUUUAAAAGAUGCUUUUUUCUGUCUGAGACUUAGCCCUCAGAGCCAGCCAUUGUUUGCCUUUGAAUGGAAAGAUCCUGAUUCAGGAGUUUCUGGGCAGCUCACCUGGACGAGACUACCCCAGGGAUUCAAGAAUUCUCCAACUCUAUUUGAUGAGGCCCUACACCAGGAUCUGGCCAGUUUUCGCACCGCCAAUCCAGAGGUAAUCUUACUCCAAUAUGUAGAUGACCUCCUGCUGGCCGCAGAGACUGAGCAAAAAUGCCUCAGAGGGACUCGAGCCCUACUCACCAGAUUAGGUGAACUGGGCUACAGGGCAUCUGCUAAAAAGGCACAGAUCUGCAAGAAGCAAGUAGCCUACCUGGGGUACCUCUUGGAGGGUGGACAGAGAUGGUUAACAGACAGUCGGAAGCAGGCCGUGGCACAAAUUCCCCCUCCCAAAGGGGCGCGAGAGGUCCGAGAGUUUCUGGGAACUGCCGGUUUCUGUAGGUUAUGGAUACCGGGUUUCGCUGAAAUGGCCGCCCCACUGUAUCCGCUUACCAAAGCCAACGUCCCUUUCUUCUGGGGAGAGGACCAACAACGGGCUUUUGAUAAAAUAAAAAGGGCCCUCCUUUCGGCCCCUGCUUUGAGUCUCCCUGAUGUCACCAAACCAUUCACCUUAUACGUAGAUGAGAACAAGGGAGUAGCAAAAGGGGUGCUGACUCAGAAACUGGGACCCUGGAAAAAACCAGUGGCUUACAUCUCCAAAAAGAUGGACAAUGUGGUGACAGGAUGGCCCCCUUGCCUCCGUAUGGUAGCAGCUGUAGCUACCCUGGUCAAAGAUGCAGACAAAUUGACUCUGGGCCAACCGCUGACUAUAAUAGCACCUCAUGCUUUAGAGACUAUAAUUCGUCAACCCCCUGAUAGAUGGCUCUCGAAUGCCCGUAUAACCCACUACCAGUCGUUAUUGCUCAACCCUGAACGUAUCACAUUUGGAAAUGCGACGUUACUGAACCCCGCUACCUUGCUCCCCAAUUCGGAACCCACUGUUUGGGUACCUCAUGACUGUCAUCAGAUAUUGGCAGAAUACCACGGGACCAGGGAGGAUUUGACUGAUUGCCGGCUCCCUGAUGCAGAUUAUACCUGGUUCACAGACGGCAGCAGCUUCUUUAAAGAAGUUUUUAUAGACACCUUCUCCGGUUGGACUGAAGCUUUCCCCACCAAACGAGAAACGGCUCAAAUGGUGGUGAAGAAGAUACUAGAAGAUAUUUUUCCUCGGUUUGGCCUGCCUAAGGUAAUCGGGUCUGACAACGGCCCAGCCUUUGUCUCCCAGGUAAGUCAGGGUAUGGCCAAGACACUGGGGAUUAAUUGGAAAUUACAUUGUGCAUACAGACCCCAGAGUUCAGGACAGGUAGAAAGGAUGAAUAGAACCAUAAAGGAGACUUUAUCCAAAUUAGCUUUGGAAUCUGGCGUUAGAGACUGGGUACAGCUCCUUCCCCUAGCCCUGUUCCGGGUGCGGAACACCCCUUCUCGGCUUGGACUUACUCCCUAUGAGAUCCUAUAUGGGGGGCCUCCCCCAUUGGCCUCCUUUAGGGCCCCUCCUGACCCCGCUACUCACAAACCUGAUUUGCAGGCGCGGCUAAAAGCACUUCAGAUCGUCCAGGCCCAAGUGUGGAGACCCCUAGCUGCUGCCUACCAGCCUGGGCAUCCGGAGAUCUCGCACCCGUUCCAGGUUGGCGAUUCUGUGUACGUGCGGAGACAUCGGUCCCAGAACCUUGAACCUCGCUGGAAGGGACCCUACACCGUGCUUCUUACGACACCUACUGCCCUCAAAGUGGACGGUAUUGCAGCCUGGAUCCACGCGUCUCACGUCAAGCCGGCACCUCCACAGGACGACCCAGAACUUUCCAAAUGGAAGCUUCAGCGUACCCAAAAUCCUCUAAAACUGAGACUAGUCAAGGAAGCCUGAUCCUGUCAAGCUUGCUGUUCUUUGCCCUGGUGUUUCCCUCCACAUAUAGUGCUAAGAACCCCCAUACACCUCAGAACUUAACUUGGACUCUGACUAACUUUGAGACUGGGCAAGUCUUGAGGCUAGCCACUGGAGUUCAUCCCCUAGGUACCUGGUUCCCCCAGCUAAAGUUUGACCUAUGUGCCCUAGCAAAAGACUCUUGGGGAGAUACUGAACGAACUCCCGAGAACUCUUAUCCUACAUGCAGAUAUUCUGAAUGGUAUAUUUGUCCUGGGGGAAGACGAACUUGGCAAUGUGGGGGGGCUGAAGUAUUUUAUUGUGCUGCCUGGGGAUGUGAAACCAGUGUCAGUACCUCCUGGUUGGGGGCUAGCAAAGAAGACUUAGUCACUUUCACUCGUACCACAUCAG